CUCGGUCUUUUUUCUUUUUUUUUUUUUUUUUUUCUUAAGGUGGAACGGAAAAUUCCGAACUUGAAUCUAAAUGUUUGCACAUCUUCUCAAAUUCUCCUGGAGGAUUUAUUGUCGGAAUCUGAGUUAUAAAGCAAACAUGAACGACUAUGCAGUGCUGAACACCGGGCGAAAGAUGCCCCUGGUUGGACUAGGGACGUGGAAGAGUGAGGCCGGAAAGGUGAAACAGGCAGUCAUGUGGGCUCUUCAGACCGGAUAUCGACACAUCGACUGCGCUUCCAUUUAUGGAAACGAAUCAGAAAUUGGAGAAGCCUUUCAGGAGAUGCUGGGGCCUGACAAAGCCCUGAAACGAGAAGACGUGUUCGUUACCUCCAAACUGUGGAACACAAAGCACCACCCUGAGGACGUGGAGCCAGCACUGCUAAACAGCCUGAAAGAGCUGAAGCUGGAGUAUCUGGACCUCUACCUCAUUCACUGGCCUUAUGCCUUUCAGCGCGGAGAUACCGCAUUCCCCAGAAAGGAAGAUGGAACCUUACUGUAUGAUGACACUGACUACAAGGUGACGUGGGCCGCCAUGGAGAAACUCGUCGAAAAGGGACUCGUGAGGGCAAUCGGGCUCUCUAACUUCAACAGCAGACAGAUUGAUGACAUCUUGUCUGUAGCCAGUAUAAAGCCUACUGUUUUACAGGUGGAGGGUCAUCCUUAUCUCGCCCAAGUGGAGCUUCUUGCUCACUGCAGGGAGAGGGGCUUAGUGUUGACUGCCUACAGUCCACUGGGCUCUCCAGAUCGUGCUUGGAAGAUACCAGAUGAACCAGUUAUCUUAGAGGAGCCGGUCAUUGCAGCACUAGCCAAGAAGUACAACAAAUCUCCUGCACAAAUUAUAAUCAGGUGGCUGACUCAGCGAGGAGUUGUGACGAUCCCAAAGAGCGUUACAGAGUCUCGCAUCAAAGAAAAUAUACAGGUUUUUGACUUCACUCUCGAACCUGACGAGAUGGACAGGGUGACAGCAUUGAACAAAGGCUGGAGAUACAUCGUGCCAACUAUAACUGUUGAUGGCAAGCCUGUACCAAGGGAUGCAGGACAUCCUUAUUAUCCGUUUAAUGAUCCUUAUUAAUGAAUACGCUGUACUGCAGGAUUAUGUGCCUUCCAAUCCACUUCAAAUGGCAGAGAUGAACACAUAACACGAUACAUUUCCCCCUUUCUUUUCAUUUCUCCGGUGUUAGGGUAUAUGACACAAUCUGUAUCUGUUUAUUGUAUCAAAUAAUAUCCCUAUCUGCAUUCGGAUGACUUGGGUUUUUUUUGUCGAGUUCCAUGGGAUCCCAGUCCAGAUACACAAUACUAGUCUCAACCAGAUGCCCUGUGAAUCUUUCUGGUCAGGUUUAUAAAAAAUAAAUAAAUAAAUAAAACAAAUAGUGUACCUCC